CUACUUCCAAAUCCACUACGACACACACACACACACACACGAAAAAAAAUGAAGGUUUUAAUGGUUUCCUGUUUGAUGGCCGUCAUCGUUCAAAUUCAAGCAACUGGAUAUGAAGCCAAGUCUUAUCCGUCAUAUCCUUCUGCGGCUUAUUAUCCUGCGCAUUCAGCAGAUAAAUCACGGCAAGAACAAAGCGGGGAGCCUUACUCAUUUGGUUAUCAUAUCAAAGAUGACCCAUCUUACAAUGUGUUUGGCCAGGAUGAGAAGAGCGAUGGCAAGAGAGUAUCGGGUUCCUAUUAUGUCCAGUUGCCGGACGGUCGUCAUCAGACGGUCAAUUACAAGGACGACGGUUACGGUUAUGUAGCUGACGUCACAUACGGAGACGUCAAGUACCCCAGCGCUCCGUCCUACACCAAGUACAAGCGCCAAGUCAAAUAUAAUGACGAUGUCCCUUCCUAUCCCAGUACCCUUUUCUAUCCAACGACACCUUACUAUCGCCCUUCUCCAUCCUACCCCGCACGGUACAACGACGUUCCUUCCUACCCCGCACAGUACAAAGACGUUCCUUCCUACCCCAAAAAUUAUUAGAAAAAUGCAAAUGAGCACUAAACAAUCGAGAGUGAAAUGGUAGUACGUUUUUAGAUCUUGGCAAUCUGUUUGUUAUGUUCAACGAUGAUACAAUAAACAUAUAGAAAGAGAAA